GCGCUGUUAUUGGUGGCAUGUUGCGUGAUAUGGGUGGGGUGUUGGGUCUUGCAUAUUUUUUCGGAAACAAUAUCUGUUGAGUAACGUAUCGUCCAGCUUUCAAGAAAAUCGUAUGAUUUUCACCCAGCUUUGAGUAACCUGAAAGAAAGUGCCGUCGUCUUGGAGAGUACUCGUUGUUGGUUUGCAGUCACAUUUGCGUGUACAGAAUAACGAACCAUUGUCAAACACAAGCACAGCCAUGUCGCAGCUGGGCCGGUUGAUACCGCAGCUGCGCGUGCCCGUGCGGCCCACCUACCGCAAGCUGCGCAACCCGGAGGGCUCGUACGGCCGGCUGAAGAACCUGCGCGGCACAGUGACGGCGCUCGUGCGCGAUGAGCGCGUCGAGAUGCCGCUCGACCGGCUGGACGAGGCGCGCGGGUACGCCGAGCGGCUGAUUCAGGAAGCUGUAAGGCAUGGUGACAAAGAUCCUCAUGUAAUGGACAUGGCAAACUUCUGGUUGAAUGAGAAGCAACUCAUUCAUAAACUGUUCAAGGUGCUCGCUCCAAGAUACGCUGAGUACAGGACCAGUUACACCAGUCUGCACCGAUUGCCACCGAUGUACAGGGAAAAUGACAAGGGUGCACCAAAAGGUGUACUAGAAUUGAAAGAGAAUCCGUUUCCGCCGCUGAAGCCGGACGCGCGCGCCAACCGACACCUCCUGCACAACGUACUGCUGGACGAGGCGCGCAAGCAGUACAGACAUAACAAGUACCAGCAGCUGGCGGCCGAGGCGCGCGCCGACCUGGCGGCGGCCGCCGCCCCAGAGCCACCUGCCGGCCAGACGGCCGAACUACGGGAUAGCGUGGCGUCCAAGGGGGCGAGUGACAUGGCCGCGGAGAGCCCCGGCGCCGAGGGGACGGCGGCCACCGAACCUCAGCACCGGUAGCUGCGCGAGGUGUGACCCCGCUCUUGUACGGUGGACUGGAGGUAGCGUGUGAUGAUCAUCCGACUUUAAUCUGCUUCAUAUAUCUCAGUCAGAGUCAGAGAUACGUCAGUGAGUUGCCGCCGACAACGCGCAGGGAGCCACAUUGACGCGUCUAUUCUUGACUGGGGAAGGUGUUAGCAAGGCAGGCAAAAUAAAGGCUGUGCAUCAGCAAAAAGAACGCGUUUUCAGACCGCAAUGGGUUAGUUGCGCGGUAAUAACAGCGAUGAAAGCGUUUUUGCGUCCGUCCUGGCAUUUUUUGUUGCUGCGAGAACAAGUCCAACGUUAAAGAAAUAGCAUAGUGUCACUGAAACGUAAGUCUAACCAAAAUGGAGAAAAUGUCUACAGGCACCCGCCAUUGCUUCCACAGGCAUCGCCAGCCAUCGCCGCCCAUGCCAUUAUGCGCUACGAAUGCGUGCGAUCAAGUCAUGCUACGGUUUGGCCUCGUUUUGGGGUUCGCGAUAUGGCACGCAAAAGUAGUGAGAUAUGCUGUAGUACCCAGAUUUUGGCCAUUGACAGCGUGCAUACGCGGCGGCCGACUCCGAGGAUGCUGGACAAAAAUGAAUAUAACGUGCAUUAUCAUGGUAACAAAACCUCAGUUCGUAGCAUCGCUUCUUACGAUGUGGUUGCACGAUGGUCAUCAUUACGACGCAGUUGCGCGAUGGUUACCAUUGUGAUGCGGUUGCGCGAUGGUUACCAUUACGACGCAGUUGCACGCUGGUUAAUACGGUGCCGCUGCAUGAUAGUUACCAUUUAUAGCUGUGUGGGGCGCGGUUCGCUGCAAGAUGCUAGACAUGAGGGCAAUACUUUAAGAUCAAGAUUAUUUUUGACCCGUGUUUUCAACGACUCCGCGAUCUAUGCGUAAGAAUCGUAUGAAUGAGCCACGA